AUGGUUCCCGGGAGAAGGCGUUUUGGGAUAUACAGAUUUCUCCCAUUCUUUUUUGUGUUGGGAGGAACGAUGGAGUGGAUCAUGAUCAAUGUUAGAAUCGGGAAAGAAACUUUUUAUGAUGUUUACCGAAGAAAACAAGCAGAGAGGGAAUACCAGCAGAGAUUGGAGGAUGGACUGAUUGCUUCAACUGGGGAAACAAAUCAAUGAACGGUCUAAUCUGUGAUAUGUUGUUAUUGUACAGCCCUACAUUGUUUAAGUUUCGUGUUCAAGCCACGACAGCCAAAAUAAUGUCUAAGCUGUUUAGCUUCUGAAUGUUUUCUAAACAAGUCUAUGGACAAUAAACACGUGUUCUAAACAAAA